AAACGUAAAUAUGUGGAAGAUUUAGCAACGACGGCGGAAAAGGCUACAAGAGAAGGAAACAUGAGACAACUGUAUGACAUAACAAAGAAACUCUCUGGAAAUCGCCGCAAACCAGAACGACCAGUGAAAAGCAAGGAAGGUGAGGUAAUCACCAACAUUGAUGAACAACGAAACAGGUGGGUAGAACACUUCAAAGAACUCUUGAAUCGACCAGCCCCACUGAACCCACCCAACAUCGAAGAAGCACUCACGGACCUCCUGAUCGAUGUUAGUCCACCAACAAUUGAAGAAAUCAGCAUGGCCAUCAGACAAAUCAAGAGUGUCAAAGCACCAAGACCAUACAACAUCCCAUCAGAGGCACUGGAAGCAGAUGUAGCGGCAACUGCAAGGAUACUCCACAUCCUCUUCAAUACGAUUUGGGAUGAGGAACAAGUACCAACAGUCUGUAAGAAGGACUUCUGGUCAAAAUACCGAAGAAAGGCGAUCUCAGCAACUACAGAGGCAUCACUCUUCUCUUAAUACCGAGAAAAGUCUUUAAUAGGGUAUUGUUAAAAAAUGAAAGACUCUGUAGGCGCCAAACUUUGAGAUCAACAGACUCGAUUCGCAAGGAUCGAUCAGGUACCGACCAAUCUACAACACUACGGAUCAUUGUGGAACAAUCAAUUGAAUGGAAUUCAUCACACUACAUCAACAUCAUUGACUACGAAAAAGCAUUUGACAGUAUGGGCAGAACAACACUAAGGAGUUUUCUUCAACAAUACGGAGUGCUUUAGAAUAUAAUCAACACCAUACGGAAUUCCCAUGAUGGAUCAAACUGCAAAAUCGUGCAUGGAAAACAGCUGACAGACUCGUUCGAAGUAAAGACCGGUGUCAGGCAAGGUUGCUUACUCCCACCCUUUCUCUUUCUCCUGGUGA